AUGCCUUCACUUACUGUGAUUCUUUUGUGUAACUCAUCAGGAAUUAAUAACAUUAUCUGGAAUCAGAGCAAAGAGAUUGCGAAGUCAAAAGUUCAUUUGUCACUCAGUGAACUAAUAACUAAGAUAAAUAUCAAAACAACUAUUAUUGAUAAAAUUGGCAAUUCAAAAAGCCAAAGGUAUUUCUUUAAAAACCUUGCUAGAUAUCAAUCUCAAGAUAAUAAAAAUCACGUUAUAUCUAAUGAUUCAGGAAAUAAUUUGAAAGAGACAUCAGAAUCAAUAGUUGGGAAAGUAAAAAGAACUCUAUUGACAGUAGACAACAUUGAUUUGAAGAAAAUUUUUAUAGAUUACUGA